UUUUAUUCGAAUUCCUUUCUUUGGAAGUAAGGUUCCUGUUUAAAGAGAAGUUUUGAAUGUCUUUAGAGACGUCGGAUAAUGUGUUGCUGCUCUUGAUUUUCUGCGUUACCAUUGUGAAGAGUUUAAAAAGAUGAUAAUUUUCCUUAACCUUCAAUUUUUCCAUCUUUGGUAGUAAAACUUGUAAUUCAGAUCUAGUUUGUUUUAUUUCUUUAUUUUAUGCUCUGCUUUUCUCUUUUUAAUUCUUUUCUCUUUUUCUUCUCUCUUUGUAAAAUUUGCUUAUAUUUUUGUAGCUCUUGUUCUCAAGUCUUCUUUUUAAUUUCUAAUUUAAUCAUAUCAACUUUGCCAUUGACUUUAAAAUCUUGAUAAAUCUCUUCAACAAGCCCGAGUACUUUUUUGCUACAGCCAAUCUGGAUAUCCUUAUAGUAAUUCUGCAGCUCAAGAUUGUUCGAAAUAGUCUUGAGUUCAUGUGAAGUGAGUAACCAAGUACUCCCUCUUUUAAAAGGUUUGGACAUAUUCAUAUCUGAU